UGGAGACAGGAGGAUGGAGAAAGUUCUUCUCUUCAUCACUGGUGCAUCAGCUCUUUGGGCCGUCUCCGCUGAGGUUCGGUUCCACUUCGUUUAUGACCCGAUGAGCUGGAGCGCCGCUCAGAGCUACUGCAGGAAAACCUACACAGACCUGGUGACUGUGGACAGCGCCCAGGUCGUCACGACCCUCAGGAACACGGUCGACUCGAACAAAAUGGCCGCCAUAACUGACGCCUGGAUUGGUUUGUAUGAUGAUGUGGGCAGCUGGAGGUGGUCCCUGUCAGACGAAGCUUUCUACCAAAACUCUGAGGCUCUCUACAGAAACUGGCCGUCCAAACAACCGGACAACGCCUGGGACGGAGAGGCCUGCCUGGAGAUGCUUGAAAACGGAGACUGGAACGAUAUUGGCUGUGAUGUUCAGCGUAAACCGAUCUGCUCUACUGUCAGCGGGCUAACGGCGACCUUCACAGUCAUCAACACCUUGAUGAACUGGACUCAGGCUCAGAGUUACUGCAGAACCCACCACACUGACUUGGCCAGUGUGAGACAUUCAGCUGACAAUGACAACCUAAAGGCAGCCAAACCUGCAAAGGAAGCCGUCUGGCUCGGGCUCUUCAGAGACCAGUGGAAGUGGUCCAGCGGAUCCCUUCUCACAUAUCCGUACUGGAACGCUGGAGAACCCAACGGUCCACUGGAGAACUGUGCAGCAAUGGACUUCACCAACUCCGGACACUGGGUGGACUGGGAAUGUCACCUGACUAAACCUUUCAUCUGCUACUACGAAAUCCCGUCCACAAACCAUGUGAUGAAGGUGAAGCUGGUGGGAAGUUCCUCUGUGGACCUGAAGGACGGCGCUGUGCAGGCAGGCCUGCUGAGACAGCUCCAGCAGAAGCUGAAGGACCGAGGGGUGACUGCAGGGAUCAGACUGAGGUGGAUGAAGCAGCCGGACGGAAAUGUCUUCUACCAGGAGAAACAGGACGACCAAAACUGAAACAGAGUUCAGUGAUGGAUCAGCAAAUAAAAUAUUACCAAUAUUUAAUGUUUUUAAUAUAAACAGCCAUGGGUUUUGUAGUAAAGCUUAUAGUUUAAACUGAAUUCACUUUGUUGGAAGCAAAUUAAGUGCAAAGGCAUCUUUGUUUCAUUAUAGCCCAGUUUGUCCAACAGUUCAUGUUUAAUCCAAAUAUAUCUGACAUUGUCAUGUAA